AUGGAUUUCUUAUCACAAGGACUUCUAGUUGUUGGAUGCAGUGAUGGAACUAUUGAAAUCUGGAAUUGUGAAUCUGGACUGUUGAUAGAUAUUCUGUGUUUAAAACAAACCAACAAUAGUACGCAGACAUUAAUUGACAAGGAAAUAAAAGAAUCUUUUGAUUCACCUAAACGUUUACAUCCUGGAGGAAUAACAGUCAUGCGAAUUAUUGAUGAAACAAGAUUCUGUGUUGGAACUAGUUGUGGAAUAGUGGCUUAUUUCCAUUUAGCGUAUCCGAAAGGAAAUUCUCUUCAUAUUUCUUCAAUAUCAUGCCAAUGGCAUGUACAUACACGUGCAAUUACUCAGUUGGACUUUUUAAAAUAUUUUAAUAAAUGUAUUAUUGAAAAUCAUAAUGAUCUGCCCGAUAUGAAUUCAAAUGAUAUUGGUGUUAUUGUGAUUAGUGGAUCAGAAGAUGGUUGUAUUAAAUUUUGUUCCUCAGAGUAUGAUAGUCCAUUGUUAUUUCACUGUGAAAUAGACACUACUCCUGUCCUCAGUAUGGCUUUAAAUCGCUUUGCAAUUGGUGUCAGUCAUGCUUCUGGAUCAUUAUACGUGUGUUAUCUAGAUCUGUUAUUCAAUACAACCACUAACAACAACAAAAUUAUAAAUAAUUCUGAAGAUAAAGCUUUAAUAAAACCUCUUGAAAUACGUUUAGUUGAGUUAACUUUUCUUAGCAAUGGUGGUUUUGGAGUUGCUUCAACCGUACAUCACCACCAACAACAACAACAGCCGAUUGUAUCGAAUUCAGGUCAAAGUAAAAAGUUAUCAAGACGCGCUCAUCCGGGUUCAAUAAAUUUACAACUUUUCACAAGAAUUAAUGCUGAUCAUAAUAAUAAUAAUGAAUAUUCUGGUAAAAAUCGUAGAGAUUGUAAUAAGUUAUCACCAUCAUUACUGGCGAAUUAUCGUCUUGUUACCUAUGAUAUGGAUGGUACUGUAGUGAUAUGGGAUUUACAGGCUAAAUGCAUGAUUAGAUCUUUUAAAGCUAAUUUGUCAACAUUCAACAUGUCGAAUUUAUUACUGUCUGUUGGCGGACGUGUAGUUUUCGGUGAUCAGAGUUAUCUACGAGUUGUAAAUCCAUGGACUGCUAAAUAUGAACGAUCCGUUCAACUUUUACCACCGUCUUCUGUAAAUAUGCGAAGUUCAAAUUCAUCACGUCUUUCUGCACUUCUACGUCAAUGGACAAAAGAAUUAGUUCCACUUGGUGUUACUGGUGGUGAUUUUAAAUCAUAUAAACCAACUGAGUUAUAUUUGAUCGCUAAUCAACAAAAAGCAGUGAUGAACAUAUGCGCUUGACACCAAUUAAUCUAAAAACACAGCAAACAAUCCCUGGCGGUGGAUCAUAUGUCAUUAGUAUUGCGGAUAGUGGACGAACACUAGUCGUUGUACCGGUAUCCACGAUUAAAUUUGAUUAAACAGAAUUUUUUUUGUAAACAGUGUUUUCUCUUUUUUAAUAUAAUAAUAAAACUCUUUUUUGACAUUUUUAACAUUUUUGUAAAAAUUAGAUUUCAAAAGUCAUUAUUAUUAUUAAUUAUUUUAUUUGUAAUAAAAAGCUUAUGUUGUUA